AUGGAAAAGCUCGACCCCAAUGACAUGACAAUUCGAGCUGGCCCUGGAAAGGAGCUGAAAAUAACAAAGGAUACGGUGCACCUAAUUUUGGGUUUACCGAAUGCUGGGGGAGGAACUGCAUUGGGCAUCGAUGAAGCUGUUGUUGCCAACAAUUUGAGAGCUGAACUUGGGCUAUCGAAAGAAGAUUUUGGGGUUACAGCUCUACAAGAUCGUUUGAGGAAAGGUUCUGACGAUGAUUUAAGCAUCAGAUGCUUUUUCUUGAUAUUGUUCAAUAGGUUGUUGUUCCCUACUGCCAGCUGGGGUAUAACGAACCAUGAGGUUCUUUUAACCGAGCAGAUGGAUCGUUUCCACCAGAUUGACUGGUGUCAGCUUAUUUUCAAUGAUUUAUGCCAAGCUGCCAAGAAGUGGCAUAACAGGAGCGUUACGAACGUUUCUACAACCAUCUAUGGAUGUUCCAUCGUUAUUCUUCUGUAUUAUUUGGAUCAUUUGCAUGACUCAGCGGCACCCCUAAACAAACGUGGAACACCACGAAUCAAAUACUUUGAUAGGAAUAUUAUUCAAGCCCUGACAAGAGCUGACAAGGGCAAGAUACGCAAAGGAGAAGAAGCAUUUGGACAUUGCUCGUUCCGAAGCUCCUCAGAGACCUGCUACACAGAUGUACCACCCGUUCAUGCACAAUUCAAGCAUAAGACCAGGACCAACGCUUUUGAUGUUCCUCGUCCUGACCCAUCUGGACAGCACUCAAUUCACAUCGAACUCCCGCUCAUCAGGGAUUUGAUAUCAAGCAAGCUUAAUCAGCUUCCAUCCCGCCACCGCAUGGGUUUCAUAGAGAAGCUGUCACAUUUUGAUGCGGAGGUUGGUAAGGCGUGUUCAGUUAUUAAACAGAAUCUUCAGCAGAUUGUUGAGAAACAAUUCAAUCUAUCUGAUGUUUUUGGCGAGUUAAUUGAUGAGGUCCUCCGUGCCGAGGCGGGUGACAACGAAGAUGCUUAUGAUGUGCAGAAAACCACAUCAAAAUCAGAUGAUAUUCUUCCCCAGACAGCUGAAGGAUGUACGUGUCCGGCCCCCCCAACUGUACCCGAUAUGUCUACUCCAGUUUCUCAGCUGGAUACGCAGUUUACAGACACACAGAACAAAACACCUACAACCUCAGUGGGUAAACAUGGUGACGGUGGCAAGAACAUGCCGACCAAUACAAACGUCACUCCUAAAGCAACACCACACAUGGAUCCUGACGCGCCGAUAUUUGAUGCGACACCGCAAAUCAAGUCUACUGGCGGCGUACAACAAGUGGCAGAAACAGACUUGCCUGACAGUGGUCCAUGCUUUGAUCAGACUCCAUCUGAACAUGUUUAUGUUGAAACCGAUCCAGCUACAAACACUCCACAGGUUGGCCAGGCUUCUCUUGAUUCGGAGAUGCAAACUGUGUUAGCUCUACGCGAAUAUUUGUGUGGUCUGCAAUCUGACACCGGCAGGACCAUAAUAGAUUAUGGUGAAUAUUCAGCGACAUGUUCUGACAUAUAUGAAUCUUUUGCCGAUGGGAAGUGUCUCGACAAUGGAUUCAUGCAGUGUUUCAUCCAAUGUGUUAUUCAUGAUGCAAAAAAUCAGCAGACUUCCAUGAGUUCAAACAGUUUGGUUCUUGAUGUUAAUGUUGGGUCAAUACUCAACUUUGAGGAACAGGAACGACACAGUCGCAAUCCUCAACCUUUUGAUGAAUCUGUACUCCACACACUUCUAGACAAUUCAUUGCCUGAGACAGAUGAGUUGGACCAAUACAAAGCGGUAACAAUCCUAUUUCAUAAUCCAAACACAAUUCCUUUUAAAUGUAACAUAUCACAUUGUUAUGCUUUUGUAAGUUACCCUGUUAAUUUUAUGCUUUUUUUACACGGUCAGAUCAUGGUCCCCAUGGUAAGCAGGGGGCAUUGGACAUUGUAUGUUGUCAACAAGGUCAAGAAGUGCAUUCAUAUUUUAGAUUCCAACCCAUAUGGACCAACACUUGGUGGAACUACAUGGAAGGACUAUCAUUUUGCACAUUUGGGCUCAGGUGGCAGAAAGUUACCCUGGGCUAAGGUUAUUAUGAGCAGAUUAAACAAAGCAAUACAACAUGUGCGGCCCAGUUCAUGUUUUCCCAAGUUUGGUAACUUCACAAUUGACUUGUGCCAAAAUUGUCCUAACAUGGUAGCUGGAUCAAAUGACUGUGGUUUUUAUGUCAUGGGUUACAUUCUAUUUUAUCAAUGCGACGAAGGAUCUUUGCGGUCAGACAUAGAAGCAGUAUGUACAAAUUUACCAUUUAAUUCUACAGUUGGCCCAUGGCAACACAUGGAACAGAGGUAUAACUAACUCAGUGUUUUUGUAUUGCAGGG